GGCCGGCCGCAGUCCCCCGCCUCCCCCGCGCGCCCGCCUCCGGGCCUCCGCACCCGCCGCCACCGCUCUAGGGGCUGUUUCCCGGCCGGAGGUGCAGGAAGCUCGGCCGUGUGGCCGCCGCAGCCGCCAGCCGGAGCGAGCGAGCGCGCGGGAGGGAGGAAGGCGGUGGAGGAGGAGGAGGAGGAGCGGGAGGAGCGCGGGCGGGGGCGGGGGCCGACGGGCGGGGGAAUCUACAAAGUGAAGCCACAUUGCCAAACUUGCAGCAGCGAUUGCAGCAGUUGCUGCCGCUGCGCCGCGCCUGAAGCUGCGCCGCGCGGGCCGAGGGCUCCUGCCGCUGCUCGCGCGGAGCCGGAGGCGGAGGACGAGGACGAGGACCGAGACUGACACUUCUGCUCCUGGCCGCCAGCCACUUACGCGGGGCCCCCCAACCCAGCCUCAGCAACGCGUUAAAAAAAAAAGAGAAAGAAAAAAGAAAAAAAAGCCCGUAGCCCCCUCCUCCCCUUUCCUGCUUCUGCGAGAACUCCCCCUUCCUCCAGCCAAGGCGCCCCUUCCUUGGAAGCCGAGAGGCUUCACUCGCUUUUCGCCGCAGCCGCCUCUCGCAAUAUUGCAAUAUAGGGGAAAAGCAGACCAUGGUGAAUCCGGGCAGUAGCUCACAGCCGCCCCCGGUGACUGCCGGCUCCCUCUCCUGGAAGCGGUGCGCAGGCUGCGGGGGCAAGAUUGCGGACCGCUUUCUGCUCUAUGCCAUGGACAGCUACUGGCACAGCCGGUGCCUUAAGUGCUCCUGCUGCCAGGCACAGCUGGGCGACAUCGGCACGUCAUGUUACACCAAGAGCGGCAUGAUCCUUUGCAGAAAUGACUACAUUAGGACACUUGUUGGAGGAGCUUUCAAUUCUGCAAGGAGACCACGGAAGAAUGGAGUAAUCCGCUCCCCGGCCUCCAGGUUAUUUGGGAAUAGCGGUGCUUGCAGCGCUUGUGGACAGUCGAUUCCUGCGAGCGAACUCGUCAUGAGGGCCCAAGGCAAUGUGUAUCAUCUUAAGUGUUUUACGUGCUCUACCUGCCGGAAUCGCCUGGUCCCGGGAGAUCGGUUUCACUACAUCAAUGGCAGUUUAUUUUGUGAACAUGAUAGACCUACAGCGCUCAUCAAUGGCCAUUUGAAUUCACUUCAGAGCAAUCCACUACUGCCGGACCAGAAGGUCUGCUAAAAGGUCAGAGUAAUGCAGAAUGCGUGCCUUCAUCUCAGAUUUUGUUCAUCACAGGUGGAUCCCAUGUGUCUUCAGUAGACAAGUCACCUUUGUAGCUAGCACCAGUGCCAGCUCCGUGCCACUGCACCUUCUUUAGUCUUGAUUGCCCUUCCUGCAUUUAUUGGUGUAUUAAAAUGACUGAAUAUGAACAUUAAGGACUCCAUGAACCUGGGCUAAUGGGAGACUGUAGAGAAAAUGAAAAAAGACCCACCGGAGGACAUCUUGGGGGGAGGGAACUUGGGAGGAGGGAAAUGACUAAUGAAGCUAAUUAAAAGAAGCAUUCAAAUCUGCUUUCUACCCUCAUUAACAAUUAGCAGGGCACUGGCCAGAGUUUGUACCCUGUGUUUUACCUUAACAACAUUCUAUUUGCUCUUUGUAUAUUUAAGUGUUGUAAGGAAAUGUGUUUCAAUCAAAACUGAACAUGAGAUAAAGGAAAAAGAUGUGGCUUUUGUGAUAUUCUAUCACAAACACUUUUAUUGUAUCUCUGUAAAAUACAAUGUAUGUAUGCAUGUAAGUGUUUUCGUCCUAAUGUUGCUAUUCCCAUGGCGAAGAAAAAAAAAAAAACAAAAAAGGAAAAAAAAUUGGAAAAAAAAAAUCAGGCUCAUAACAGCUACUGUGUAGAAAUUUCCCCCUACUUCUAAUUUGCUGAAUGAAGAAAAAAAUCUUUUAUUUGUGAUAUUUUCAGAGACAUUUGCUCUAGUAUGGUGUAUUUAAGUAAUAAAAACUUAAAAGAAAAAAAUA